UUUAGGAUUUAAAUCUAAUCUAAUUAAAUUAGUAAUUUGUUUGUAUCUUAUUAACUAUCUUAGCCCUAGUUAGUAGUACUGUCUUCCUUCAAGGUUUUUCUUUUGUCUAACCUGUCAAACUUAAAUACAUAAUUUGAGUUCCAGUAUAUCGUGUACACCUACAGAAUGGAAAGAAAUAUUUUAAGGUCGAUUAUCUUACUAUCAGAAAAAGCUGCAAAUAUUGCUCGUACAAUACGAAAAGAGGAUCAUCUACUCUCACUACUCACACGUGAGAAAAAGGAUGAUGAGAAAAAUCAGCGGUUUUUUCAAGAUUUUAAAACCCUUGCCGACGUUCUUGUGCAAGAAGUGGUAAAACAUGAAUUGGGGACUGAGUUUCCUGAACUGGUGGGACAUAUCUAUGGCGAAGAAAGCAAUGAGUUUUCAUGUUUGGAUGGAGAAACUAUAGAACUAAAAGUUUGCAUCAGUGAAGAAAAAACUGCCCAACAGUUGCUAAGGAUUGUUGGAGAUGAAAAAGUAGCCAAUUUACUCGCAUGUCUAGUCCAUUCCAAACCUGAGUUCCCAGAUGACUUAGAAAUCCCAACCGAUGUCACUUGUCUUCCCUUGGAAGAAAUAGGGAUUUGGAUUGAUCCCAUUGACUCCACGGCCGAGUACAUUAAUGCGAAUGAAGAAAUCAGCUCAGUGAAUGGAAUUUGUUUGUCUGGACUACCUUGCGUCACAGUGUUAAUUGGAGCGUUCCUCCGCGGAAAAUCCUCUGGAAACCCUGUGCUAGGCGUUCUUAAUCAACCGUUCCACAAAUAUGCUGAUGGAAGAUGGAAGGGCAGGGUGAUGUGGGGUAUUGCUUAUAGAGAAACAAUUCUAUCUUCUGUUACACCUCUAUCAGGCGGAGAAAAGUUGGUGGUCCUCAGCAGAUUUGAGAAGGAAGAGGUCAAGUCUCGUCUGAAGAAGGCUGGUUACACUCUGUUGGAGGCUGCUGGAGCAGGAUACAAGUUGAUGUUAGUUGCAACAGGCGCAGUGUGUGCCUAUGUGCUCAGCAAACCCUGCACGUUCUACUGGGACACGUGUAGCGUAGACACUAUUCUGCGUGCUCACACAGGAGGUUUGGUCAACUACCAUCUGGCCGUCACGGAGAAGAAAAUCUGUCCGUUGUUGUACUGUGAAGGGGUCGGAGUGGACCAGUGUGCCAACAAAGGGGGGUUUAUUGCGUACAACAAUUCAGAUGUCUUGCACGACAUCAUCGGGGUGCUUGCAGACUAGUGCUGCUGCCGAGACAAUUUUGAACAGUUAUAGUAACUUCAGUUUGAGUUACAUCGCCCCAGGGACGUAACUAUAGCUUUUUUCCAGUAAGUAGACUGAUUUUUUAGUUUCACUCGAGUCUUUUUGUUUUAGUAUUUUGUAAAAUGUUGUGAUACGUUAUGACAAUGAAAAGUUACUGUUUUGUUACGGUUAUUCUCAGCUUAAAUACAGUAAAACCUCACAAACUCAACAAUUAGUGGACCCAGAGGUUGUCGAGUUAUUCAGAAUAUUGAAAUAUUUAAUGGGUUAAUUAGUCAAUACAUAACAGACUAAUAUCUACAUAUACAUUUAUUACUCAAGAGUAUUUUUAAAUUGAGUAAACAAUCUUUAAAGAUAUUUGUAAUAUUCAGCAAUUAGAACUAAAUGUUCUGAAAAAAUUGCUUGAAAAUCUAACACAAUAGUAAAGCAUUUAGACUUGCACUCUGUCAAAUGUUGACUUUCGAGUUAGUGAGGUUUACUGUAUAGGCUAGUUUAUCUUUUUAAAUAAUAAUACAUUAUUAAGUGGAGGAUAUAUGCUUUUCAGUACUAUACGUUUAGUGUUUUAGUACAUUAUCCCACCGUGAUUCUUUAUUUGUUGAACUAUUUAUUGGGGUAUAAAUAUAUCAGGAUGGCAUUUAAACAUGUUUUCAAACUAAGGAACACUUUGUCCCUUGAACAAUGGUUUUAAGACAUGUCGAAUGAUAAGUAUUAAAUUAAGUUGACUUAGGUUUAUGUAGAUUUUAAGACCUGAAACGCAAGAACGUAAUUUCAUCUUUGAACAAAUUGUUAAAUUGUUUCUCGAGGUCUGCAAGACUGUGUGGUUUCGGUUAUCAUGGUUGAGGUGAUUCCUACAAUAGACUGGUGUAUUGGGCUUCGGUACAGCUUCUUUGGCAUGCUUGAGUAUUUCAAAGGACACAACCUCUGGUUAGCGCAUGUACUGGUGAUUCAUUGGUACCUGGUCUGUGACUAUAUAUCCACCAACAUACAAGACAUGUUAGCCAUCACCAGCACCUCCGUGGAGCCAUCAUUUGGCCUUCGCAAAGUGCUCCAAGAUUGUGAACGAGCUGUACACAAUCUUGGAGCACUUUUCGGUGGCCAACUGUUGGCUCCACGGAGGUGCUGGUGAUGGCUAACAUGUCUUGUAUGUUGGUGGAUAUAUAGUCACAGGCCAGGUACCAAUGAAUCACCAGUACAUGCGCUAACCAGAAGUUGUGUCCUUUGAAUUACUCAAGCAUGCCAAGGAAGCUGUGCCGAAGCCUGAUACACCAGUCAAUCAGUUGGCCAUCACAAAGUGUCACCUUGUGAUGGCCAACUGUUGGCUCCACGGAGGUGCUGGUGAUGGCUAACAUGUCUUUUAUGUUGGUGGAGAUGUAAUCACAGGCCAGAUCACUUGCACCCUCAGCAGGUAUGGUGGUCUAUCCAUCGCAGGAAGGGCAGACGAUCGUACAAUCUCAAAAUUUCUCCUCACUCCUCUUCUCUAUGUAUCCUUGACAGAACCCGUGGAGCCACCAAAGUAGAUGUGGGUUCUCCCAAAAAAUCCAUAAAAAAUAAUAAUUAAUUUAACUUUUACAACCAUGGUUAGGAGAAACUGUUUCUUGUAUUUUAACCAUUACCAUGCAUUCCACUACUAAGGGACUUUGAUUGUAUUUAUUUUGGUACCAGUUUUAGGCUUAGUUUUGUGAUAUGUGUAUAGUAUUACCAUUCAAAGAGUACAGUUAAUUUGAUGUCACUUUAUUAGUUGAAUGCCUCCACAUCUGCAAUAUAUCCUUGAAUAUUGUUUGUUACCAGGGAUUUUAUGUUUUAGCUUUAAUAGUUUUACUAAUUUGAUACUUUUAUUUAUAUUUCUAGCGAAAUUGUAACUUCAAUUGAGUGUUUGUUUUGGUAUGAAAUGUAUGAAUAUAUGAUUUGGUACUAAAACUAAGCGAACUUGUAAAUCUUGGAAAGUAAGAUCUGUCUAAAUUAAAAUUUAGUGACUAGGUUAGCUUUGAAAUUGUAUUUCAUGUUUAUUUCUUCAAUCUCAUUGGUUCUAGUCUGUGAAAGUUAUAUUCCUAGAUUCUUAUUAUCUUUAAACUUAAUGAAACCACAGAACAACUUUUUAAAAUGUGAUUUGUAUCUUAAAAUGUAAAAUUUUGAGUGAUUUUAAGAGGACCAACAAAAUGUAAGACAAAGUAUUGGAGUAGGACAUCAAGAAUACUACUUUUGAAACUAAUGUUGAUGUAUUUGUAAAUGCAUAGUAGAAUAUUAUAUCCUUAAAAUAAGUUAAUUGAAUUGUAUGUAUACUGAUGUUUACUAGUGUUACCACAGUAAAGUUUAAGCUAUGUUGGUACUGCAGGUAUUAAAAGUUUAAUUUAAUCGUU